ACACAUCUCUAGAUUUUUUCUCUUGAAAGUUUAACUUCUAAUAAUAUUCAUAUUUGAGUUAAAAAUAGGAAACAUUUCAUCAUUAAAAUAUUAAAAAUCAGUGCAUAAGAACAUUAUUAAAAAGGUGAAUUUGGAAAUUUCGUCGAAAGCGACGUAUUCUCAACAAAAAACUUAAAAUUCACCGCUACAUUUAUUUUUAUUUGUUCUUUUAACCGUGAGUGAAAAAAAUGCCGCGAAAACGAGCUUCGGGAUCAUCGCCUGAUAAACCGAAUCCUACACCUCGUCGAAAUACUCGUCGGGGUCGAAACAAAUCUGAAGAGCCCGAGGAAGUUCCAGCAGAAAUUCCUCGUCAUUUAUUAAGAGGCUCCGAUGAAUCUUCAGAAGAAUCAGAUAAUGAUUCGGAUUACGGAAGUCCAAAAAAGGGACGUGGUCGAGCAAGAGGUCGGGGCCGUAAGGCAAAGGAACCGGCAGUUACGACUGAGACGCCAGUUCAACGACCACGUCGGGGAAGAAAAACUGCUGCUGCUGCUGCUGCAAGUACAACUAUAACGACAGUAAGAGAACCAUCACCAGACCAUGCUGAUCAUUCACAAUCAACACAGGAAACUGGUGAGACAACAACAGAAAAUGAAGCAUCGGAACCGUCAUCAACUGUUAAGCCAACACAAGAACAAGGAAGUGAAAGUGCUGCCGCCGAUUAUGUCUUAAUUGAAUCCUCACCAGUCGAAAUAAAUGAAACAUCAUCCGAACCAGUCACUCACGACAACGAUCCAGGAAAGGUAAGUGAAGUAACAAUUGAACAGGAUUCUUAUAAUGACCAAGCGCCUGUUGAACAAGAAGAAGACGGAAGUAAAGAAAAUGAUGUUGAGACUGGUCGUGAAAGUGUUGACAAUGUUAAAGAUACGAGUGAAGUUGUGGUCGAGAAAAAGGACUCGCCAUCGAUUGAGCCUGAGAGAAUUGAAAUCGAAACUGAGCCAAUAGAAGAAGAUGCACCAGAAUCGUCUGCAAAUCAAAGUGAAUCGCGUUCAAACUCAUCUGAAAAAGAAGUUUAUAAAAAGAAUCGAAGACGUUCUCGAUCAAGUUCCGGAGAAAUUCCUGAAGAGUCAAUGGAAGUUGUUGAAGAGAGUAAAGAAAGAAUUUCUCAUGAGCCGGAGAAAAAGAAGGAAACAACACCAGAAGUGAAGAAAACGGUCGAGGAGAAACCUUUUCAACGUAAACGAAAGUGGACUGCAAGAAAGACUGACGAUCAACCAGUUAUUGCGAUCACAACUGAUUCUUUAAAGACAAUUAUUUCAGAAGAAGUUAAGCCAGUUCCACUUAGUGAUGUGAAGCUUCUCACUCCAUCACCUGAUCGAGAACCAGAAGAAAAACGUUUACGUACAAAGUCAACAGCUGACGAUAAAGACGCUAAAAAGAAACUUCUUAAAGAAAGAUUAAGAAAGCAAGAAGAGGAAGAAGAGCGAAGGAACGAAAUGCUUGUCAAAGCUAUUGACAAGACUCAAGCAUCAUCGAAUGGCGCAACAGCAUCGAAUGGAACUGCUGUCUUGUUAAAAGAUCGUAAAAUUUCAAUGAUUCUUGACGAUUCAACAUCAGCGCAACCGCCAUCGCCACCGAAAAAUGAAAGCUCAAACAUUCUUUACAUUACAAACUUAGUGCGACCAUUUACACUUCUUCAAUUGAAGCAUUUGUUGCUAAGAACGGGAAAGAUUGUCGAGAAUGGAUUUUGGAUUGAUAAAAUAAAGUCAAAAUGUUAUGUGAAAUAUGAAACUGAAGAUGAGGCAAGUGAAACUCGACACGCAUUGCAUGGUGUCACAUGGCCAUCGUCAAAUCCAAAAUGUUUAAAUGUUGACUUUGGAAAGGAGGAAGACAUGGAAAAAGCAAUUUUAUCAACUUUAGACGAUUUUCCAAGAAUUCAAAUAACAACAGAGAAUCGCAGUGCGAAGGAAGAGAAGGAUUUUGGAUGGAGUAAAGAUCCAUAUAAGACAUCGAGCGUUGAGGAUCGUUCAAGGCCUUCUCAUAACCGCCCGGUUCGUGAAUGGGAUGUUGGCAAAAAAGACAAAGAGGAAUAUGAGCGUGAGGAUCGUGACAGAAGUCGUCGACGACGUUCAUCAGAGCGUGAAAAUCGUCGUGAGAAGGAUCACAUCAAGAAGGAAGAAAGACCUGAACGACGUCGUAGUUUAAGUGAAUCUCCAGGUCGCAAAGUUGAAAAAAUUGAAGGUGAUUCGCAGCCAGUUCGUCUCUUGGAUGAUUUGUUCAGAAAGACCAAAGCAAUUCCAUGUAUUUACUGGCUUCCUUUAUCAGCUGAACAAAUCGUUGAAAAAGAGGAACAACGUCAAAAGAACCUCGCCGAACAUGAGCGUCGCAUGGAAGAAGUUCGCAAGCAACGUGAAGAAAGAAUGCGUGAACGUAGACGUUCAAAUUCGCGUGACCGACGUAGAGAACGUAGUCGUGACAGACGUAGAAGAUCAGUUUCACGUGAUCGUAGAUAUAACCGACGUUAAAAUUCUUUUCUAUUUUCCCCUUAAGAAUUUUCUUCUCCCCUUUUUUAAAUUAAUGAUUUUCCUUAUUUUUUUUUCUUGUAAUCAAAUCCAAAGAGAAAGAAAAUAUUCUUUUGGAUGACAUUUUGUUUCCUUCAUUUUCAAUUAAUAUUCAGAAUUAGGAAAGAAAAAAAACAAACUUUCAUGUCACACUUUCACACACACACAAAGAUUAAAGUGACAACUCAUCUUAACAGCUCGAUUGAUCAAAAACAAGUCAGUUGUAAGCUUUGUUAACAAAACAAUUUUAUUGGAAUAAUUAUUAUUUGCUUGCUUUUUCAUGCUUUUCUUCAUUUCUUUCUUUCUCUUUCUUCUGCACCAGAAACAAUUCUUAAAUAGCCAAUAAGAAAUAAUAAUUUGAGUGUUUUGUUGUGUAAAAGGAGGAAGUGUAGCUCUUAGUCUCGUUAAUUUUAUGAAAUGCUCCCCCCCAAUCAACCACAUACAAAAAUGGCAGAUGAUUUGAGUUAAAAAUAUAAGAAAAAGAGAUGGAAGUCAAUGAAAGGCGCAAUUCAUCAUCAUUUAAGUGGAUUGAAGAUAUUUGAAUAAAAAUAAAUCUUUGUAAUGAAAAGUAUUCGCUCGUUCGAUGGAUUUACUUCGAUUAUCAUCGUGGGAUUAAAUAAAUGAGAAGAAAUGCAAACUUUAAUAACAAUUGGUAACAAAACAAUGAAAUGGAUUCGAUAAAAUGAUAUGAUUGAAGAACACAAAUUAGAAAUGGAUAAAAAAUAAAAUAAUUAAUCU